CUCCCCUGCAGCGACCGGAGCCGGGAGGUGGGGUCCGGAGCUGGAGCCCGAGGCUCUGAUGUCACGGAGCCGCAGGCGCCCAGAAGCACCUCUCGGGCUGGAGCUCAGGCGGCUGGAGAACCCGGGCCUUUCCCACCCAUGAUUGCGCUGCCCCCCAGCACGCGUUCCGAGUGCUCCCCGACGGCGAACCCAACAGGAAAGGCGGAGAAAUGAGCCCGCCCGCAGCCGAGCACCCUCCCAGCGUCCCCUCGACCCCGAUCCGCCGCACCGCGUAACUCUGCCGCCCCCUGCGGCCGCCGCUCCUGCGCCUCUCUCCUCUCUCGAGUGCCCGACUCUCAGAGCUUGAAGCCUCAGUGAUCUCAGAACGUUCUGGACCAUUGUUCGUCCGGGAAAGAUCACACGGAGAAGCUAACAAAGCGCCAGGAAGCGGCCAGGGUGGGACGGGGCUGGGGAGGGAAGGAGCGUGGGUGCAUUCUCGGCGCUCCAGGGGGUGCCAACCUCUAGGGCCCCGGCCUGGAGAGGGCCUGGGGCCAAUUCCUUGCCCUGAGCCGGGGCCCUCCACCUCCAGAACAGCUCCCUGGGGCUGGUCCUCUUGCCCAUGCCAUCCCCGAACUGGGGGUAAUGCCGGCGCUUGAGACAGUGUGACUAGAGAGGGCAAGUGUAAGCGGCCUCUUCUCUUGCUCCGAACUUUUCACGCAUCACGCCGUCUGUGUUCUCGAAGGCCCCGCGGAGCUAGUCUGCCCAGCGCUCAACCGCGCAGCCAUGGAGGCCCUGGGUCCGGGGCGAGACCGCGCCUCCUCAGCCUCGUCCACGCACAGCCUGGACCUGCGGCGGCUGUCCGGGCGCGCCGACUCCGCCUACGGCUCCUUUUCCGCGGCCUCGGGCGGCGCCGAGCCGCGCACGCCGUCCCCGGGCGCCGACCUCCUUCCGUACCUGGACUGGGACUACGUGCGCCUGGUGUGGGGCGGCCCGGCGCCCGCCCCGCCCGCCGCCGCCCUGCGCACCUCCCCGCAGCCCCGGCCCGCCGCCGCCGUCCGCAGUGGGCCGUGUUCCCCGCAGUUGCAGGGGGCCCCGGGGGUGCUCAGCAGGCAGGCCACCCCCCUGCUGUACGCGCUGGCGGCCGAGGCGGAGGCCGCGGCGCGCGCCGCCGAGCCGCCUAGCCCUCCGGCCUCACGGGCCGCCUACCGCCAGCGCCUGCAGGGCGCGCAGCGGCGCGUCCUCCGGGAGACGUCCUUCCAGCGCAAGGAGCUCCGCAUGAGCCUGCCCGCCCGCCUGCGGCCCGUGGCUCCCACGCGGCCCCCGACGGUGCACCCGCGCUCCGCUUCGCUCGGCCACCCGGGCGGCGAGGGGGAACCGGCGCGCUCCGGAGUCCUCGUGCCAGGAACCGCCGGCCCGGGCCGCCUCGCCAACCAGCAGCAGAAGUGGUGCUUCUCCGAGCCAGGAAAGCUGGAUCGCGUGGGCCGCGGCGGUGGGACGGCUGCGGGGUGCUCGGGUGGGGUCCGCUUCAGCUUUGGCCGAGCCGGACGCGAGCCCCAGGAAUUGCAGCAUCGGGCGUCGGCAGAGUUCGAAGGUCACGCGAUCAGGUGGCCACCCCGAGGCACGGGGGAGCCAGAAACCCGGUCCUUGAAGCUGGACGACGCCUACAGGCCCACCCGCAGGAGUCGGAGCGCUUCAGGGGAAGCUUUGGGUCCCUGGGGAGGUCCCGGAGCGGCCGCGCCGGUUACCCAGGCUGUUCCUCAAGGAGCGGACCCUCCCAGACCGUUACUCCAGACCAGACGCCCCAGGUUCCCGACUCAGAGGGAAGCUGCCACAGUGGCGUGUCCUGCAGCGGGUCCCCAGAGCAGUCCCACUGACAGCGAGCACAGGGUCCCGUCUGCCCGGCUCCCCCUCCUUCCCGACGACGAUGAUGUCUUCUUGGAAGAAGCCCUGCCCGUCAGAAUGAAAUCACCUCCAUACUCCCAUGCACGCCCAGGGCUCCCAGCCAGUGUCCAUGCCUCUGACUUGCUGUGUGGAGCUGGCUUGAGCCAAAGGCCUAACCGGGCUGCCAUCCCCCCAGAGCGCCCCUUCCAUGAGUGCCCAGAGACCGCAGGAGCAGACGCCUGCUGGCAGGGGGUGGACGGCCGUGUGGGCAUCUCCAGACCCACAUGCUGUAGCCCCGCUGGGACUGCAGAUGGCAACAUCCCAACCACAGACUGCACUGGGCUGCUGACGACUGACUUUCCUGCAGCUGCAGAGACCGACCCUCUCCAGCCUCUCCCAGCAGAUGUCCUGGGACCACCAGGCGAUGAGACCCAAGGGCCUCGUGAUGAUGCGGCCCUGGCUUGGGGCACUGGCCAGCCUGGUCCCCGACCUAUGUGGCCCAGUGCCCGCUUGGAGGAGCUGGUUCAGGAGCUGGCCAGACUGGAUCCUUCUCUGAGUGACACUCUCACCUUCUGCCCCAACCCAGAGCCCCCUCUGGAUCUGCUGGAUGGACUGAUUCCCCUGGCUGAGGUCUGGGCCGCCAUGAGGCCAGCCUGUGGCAAGGCUGGAGAGGAGGCUUCUGGGACUUCUGAGCCGGGGCCCCACCUCUCUAGAUGCAUCCAGCUCCUGCCUACUUCUCAGGAAGAAACAAGGCUUGAAAACCUUACCACCCAUGCUGUGCCUGACCAGCCAUGUCCGAGUGGCCAGGGUCUCCGAGAGCCAAAUAGCAGCAUCCACGCUAAGAAAGUGGAGCUAGCGGACCUCCUCCAAAAGAUGCUGGAGAACCUUCAGACUGAGCAGGAGCAGCUGCAGAAGGCAGCCCAGACCUGGGCCAGGAGCAGGGCUGCGCUGGAGGCCGCGGUAGGCCAGGCCUGUGCACCCCGUGACCUAGAGCGGUUCAGCCGGUUCAUGGCCGACCUAGAGCGCGUGCUUGGCCUCCUGCUGCUACUGGGCAGUCGCCUGGCCCGAGUGCACCUGGCCCUGGCCCGGACAGGGGCAGACAGCGACCCUGAGGAGCAGGCCUCUCUGUUGCAGCGUCUCAGGCUCCUGCAGCGACAGCAGGAGGAUGCCAGGGAGCUGAAGGAGCAUGUGGCGCGGCGCGAGCGGGCCCUGCGUGAGGUUCUGGUGCGGGCACUGCCAGCUGGGGAGCUGCACGCCUACUGUGCCCUCCUGGCCGGCAAGGCCGCCGUCCUGGCCCAGCAGCGCAGCUUGGACGAGCGUGUCCGGCUCCUUCAGGACCAACUGGAUGCUGUCAGGAACAGCCUUGGCCAUCGACCCUCAUCUCCCAGGCUGGCCUCCCCACCAGGGACCCAGCCUCUCCAUAAACCUCCCCUCCGGGCCCUGCUUAUUUAGCGACAGUGUGGAGGUGGGGCGCAUUACCCCUGCCGUUCCUGGCACUGCUGGGGUGACACUGGCUUGUUGGGUGCUUUCCCCUGGGGUGGGGGUGACCCAAGCUGGGCCCUCCCAGGAUACUUCUUCCAAGUGUUGUCAUGUGGCCUCGCCCAAGUCUUAUGGAUUAUUUGGAAAUUAAUUUAUGGAUUUUAUAAACUGCAGUAUUCCCCCUUCUUGUGAUGAGAGAGAGGGUUGGCCCACGUGGGCUGGAGGGAAUGGAGACAAGCAGAAUCUCAACUUAAGAUGCAGAACAGCCUCUUUUCCUUCAAUAAAAACUGUGAGGAGUGUGUG